UUAAUUUUCUUUAUUAGAGACAGGGUCUCUCUGUGAAGCACUGGCUGUGCUGGAACAGGCCGGCCCCAAACUCCCCCAGAUCCGCUUGCCUCUGUCCCCUGAGUGAUCAGAUGUGGCCACCAUGCCUGGCAUUAGUUUAUAUUUUUUAUUUACUUUCGUUUUUAUGUGUUGUUUUGUUUGGAGUGUUGUUUGUUAAGUCGGGGUCUCAGUGUGUAGCACCAGCUAUUCUGGAAUUCGCUUUGUAGACCAGGCUGGCCCCAAACUUACAGAAAUCCGCCUGCCUCUGCCUCCUGGUUGCUGGGACCAAAGCCCAAGACCGCCAAGGCCCAGUUCACGCGAACCUAAGCUUCGCGAGUGAAGUGCCGGCAGAGGCCAGAAGGGGGCUGUGGGUCCGAAGGCAGGUCUCGGCCACUGACUAUCUGCUCAUGUAUUUCUGUUCUGUUGUUUGUUUUUUAAAUACAGUCUCAGGCUGGCUUUGACCUAGUCUUCUGCUUCCACUCUGGAGUUUUGUGGGGACAAGUGUGCACCACCAUGCCUGCUUUUGUUGUUUUAUUAUGGGAGGAUACACAUGCAGCUCUGUUGCCCGCGCUCCUUCAGCGGGCCUCGUAGAUGGAACUCGUGUCUUUAGGCUGGGCAGCAAGCGCUUUUCCCAGACACCUUCCUGGCUCCGCCGCAGAGGUGGUAGGGCUGAGGCCCAGGGCCUGUUUCCUGCCUGUUCCCAUAGGGCUCCAGCGCCAGCCCUUCCUUGCUGGCACCCGGUGGAGUAGAGCGCUGGCUGGGAAGCACAUUUUCCCCUAGGCCCAUGCAGGGAACCCUCCACACCAUGGGAACCUGAGAGGCCCACAAAGUACAGGCUGGAUGUGGAGGUGAGCAGGGUGGAGAGACCAGGAAGGGUUGAGGACACAGCAUAGGCCACAGACUUGCACACAGGGAACCCAUCACGCCAGGUGCAGAGGCUUCUAGUCACAGCCCAGAUGGUCCUGUAACCUGAAGACCCACAGGGAAUGACAGCUGUCCCCAUCCCCCAAACUCCCUCUGCUUCCUGCUCAGGCCUAUUUCUGUAUCGUCCGUUGAUUGCUCAUGCCUGCCGGGCGUAUUGGCCUGGCUGGCUAGGAUGGGGAAUGGAGGCCUGUUGGUCAAUUGGAGAUGUCUGCCCUAAGUGCAAAGAGGUGUGCGAUCACACAGAACCAGAAGACACCUGGUUCCCAGCCAGCCUGCCACUUGGGGGCUUGUGGCUUUUCUUCCCUCUUUCAGUCAGCCCCCUUCUGAUCUGGAGUUCUGCCUCUCUAGAUUGUACUCAUGGCGCCUCCAAGUGAGGAGACACCGCUGAUCCCCCAGCGCUCUUGCAGCCUAUCGUCCUCAGAGGCAGGGUCCCUGCAUGUCCUCCUUCCUCCCCGGGGAUCUGGGCCUCCCCAGAGACUGUCAUUCUCUUUUGGAGACUACUUGGCAGAGGAUCUGUGUGUGCAGGCAGCUAAGGCCUGUGGCAUCCUGCCUGUUUAUCACUCGCUCUUCGCUCUGGCCACCGAGGACUUGUCUUGCUGGUUCCCCCCGAGCCACAUCUUCUCCGUGGAGGACGUGGAUACUCAAGUCUUGGUCUACAGGCUCCGCUUUUAUUUCCCUGACUGGUUUGGGCUGGAGACAUGUCACCGCUUUGGGCUGCGCAAAGAUUUGACCAGUGCCAUUCUCGACUUACAUGUUUUAGAACACCUCUUUGCCCAGCACCGCAGUGACCUGGUGAGUGGGCGCCUCCCAGUGGGCCUCAGCCUGAAGGAGCAGGGAGAGUGCCUGAGCCUGGCAGUGUUGGACCUGGCCCAGAUGGCUCGUGAGCGGGCCCAGCGGCCAGGCGAACUGCUGAAGGCUGUCAGCUACAAGGCCUGCCUGCCUCCUGCCCUACGCGACCUGAUCCAGGGUCUGAGCUUCGUGACGCGCAGGCGCAUCCGCAGGACCGUGCUCCAGGCUCUGCGUCGCGUGGUCGCCUGCCAGGCCGACCGCUGCUCGCUCAUGGCCAAGUACAUCCUGGCUCUUCCAGACCUUCUGUGACUUUCCCGAGAUCGUGGACGUCAGCAUCAAGCAGGCCCCGCGCGUGGGUCCGGCCGGGGAGCACCGGCUGGUCACCAUCACCCGGACGGACAGCCACAUCCUGGAAGCCGAGUUCCCAGGGCUGCCCGAGGCGCUGUCCUUCCUGGCCCUCGUAGAUGGUUACUUCCGCCUGACCUGCGACUCCAGGCACUUCUUCUGCAAGGAGGUGGCGCCGCCAAGGCUGCUGGAGGAGGUGGCCGAGCUGUGCCAUGGACCCAUCACGUCAGACUUCGCCAUCCACAAGCUGAAGGCCUCCGGCUCCCUCCCCGGCUCCUACAUCCUCCGGCGCAGCCCUCAGGACUAUGACAGUUUUCUCCUCACUGCCUGCGUCCAGACGCCCCUUGGCCCGGAUUACAAGGGCUGCCUCAUCCGCCGGGACCCCACAGGGGCCUUUUCCCUGGUUGGCCUCAGCCAGCCACACCGAAGCCUCCGGGAGCUCCUUGCAGCCUGCUGGCAUUCUGGGCUGCACGUAGAUGGGACUGAACUGAACCUCACACUCUGCUGCACCCCCAGACCCAAGGAAAAGUCCAAUUUGAUCGUGGUGAGAAGGGGUUGCACCCCUGCCCCACACCCCGGCCGUGCCUCACCCUGCUUCACGCUGACCCAGCUGAGCUUUCACACAAUCCCUGCCGAGAGCCUGGAGUGGCAUGAGAACCUGGGCCACGGCUCUUUCACCAAGAUCUACCGGGGCUGCCGGCGGGAGGCCGUGGAUGGUGAGACACACGACACAGAAGUCCUCUUGAAGGUCAUGGACGCCAGGCACCGGAACUGCAUGGAGUCCUUUCUGGAAGCUGCAAGCUUGAUGAGCCAAGUAUCCUACCCGCACCUCGUGUUGCUGCAUGGAGUCUGCAUGGCUGGAGACAGCAUCAUGGUGCAGGAAUUUGUCUACCUAGGAGCAAUUGACAUGUACCUGCGCAAGCGUGGCCACCUGGUGCCAGCCAGCUGGAAGCUGCAGGUGAUCAAGCAGCUAGCCUAUGCCCUCAACUAUUUGGAGGACAAAGGCCUCCCUCACGGCAACGUGUCAGCGCGGAAGGUGCUCCUGGCUCGCGAGGGGAUGGAUGGGAGUCCACCUUUCAUCAAACUGAGUGACCCUGGCGUCAGCCCCACGGUGCUGAGCCUAGAAAUGCUCACCGACAGGAUCCCCUGGGUGGCCCCCGAGUGUCUGCAGGAAGCCCGGACGCUUGGCUUGGAAGCCGACAAGUGGGGCUUUGGCGCCACCGUGUGGGAGGUUUUCAGCGGGGGACCCAGGCACAUCACCUCGCUGGAGCCCGCCAAGAAGCUGAAGUUCUACGAGGACCAGGGGCAGCUUACGUGGUCCGCGAGCCGGGACAGAGCCCCAUCUUCUGGUACGCCCCAGAAUCCUUGUCCGACAACAUCUUCUCCCGCCAGUCUGAUGUGUGGAGCUUUGGCGUGGUGCUGUACGAGCUCUUCACCUACAGCGACAAGAGCUGCAGCCCUUCUGCCGAGUUCCUGCGCAUGCUGGGCCCUGAGCGUGAUGGGCCGGCUCUCUGCCGCCUCCUGGAGCUGCUGGCCGAGGGCCGCCGCCUCCCGCCGCCUGCAGCCUGCCCCAUGGAGGUUCAGGAGCUCAUGCAGCUGUGCUGGGCUCCCAGCCCGCAAGACCGGCCGGCCUUCAGCGCCCUGAGCCCGCAGCUGGACGCUCUGUGGCGUGGAAGCCCUGGAUAGCAGCCAGGGCUGGCUGUGUGACCGCAGCAGGACCUUCCACCUCUGGGCGCCACCCCCUUACAGGCUGAUCAUCCCCGCUCCCCACCCCCCUGCGGUUCCAACCUUUCCAGAAUGGGGGUGUUAAAUAUGUGACCCCAGAGUCUGCGCAGUUGUCACUUCUGGGAAUUCUUUCCUUCUGCAACCGCACCAACACCACUCCGCCUCGGCCUGAAAUCGACCCAAACCCUUUCUCCUGACCCCAGGUCUGCAACAGUGUCUGUGUACAGCUCCCAUCUCCCAGCCCUGUGGCUCCUGGCGGGCACUGAAGCCUCAGCAUGGCCCCCUUACAGGUUGGGCUCUGGGAGUGUUUGUUGAGUGAAUAAAUGAAUUCAAUAGAAAAGAUGGUUUGUGACUGGA